UUUGCUCCGUCAUUUUCGAGCACAAUUUUCGCAUUUUUGAUUCACAUCUUGUCAGAACAGAGCAGGUACAUAUACACUAGCACAAAUUGCCCAAGCCUCCAGGAAAACAAAACAAAGGCGAUGGGUCAAAACGUCAAGAAGAAGAUCACGCCGGCGCAGCUGCCGGAGGAAUUGGUCCGGGAGGAGAUUCUCACACGACUCCCGAUAAAAUCGGCGGUGCGUUUCAAAAUCGUGUCCAAAUCUUGGCUCUCUCUUUUCUCCGACCCUAAUUUCUGGAAAAAGCAUCUCACUCGCAACUCUUCUCAAAACCCUAAUGACUACGACUGUCUCGUGGCUGCUAAACACCGCAGAGUCGUCGUUCUCUCUCGCUACAAAGAAACAUUUGUACUGCCUUCCGAUAAUUACGAGGUGGUUGGUUCUGUUCAGGGCUUAAUUUGUCUCCGCCGUGCCAAAAAAUUGUCGUUAUGGAACCCUGCUAUUCAUCAGUCCAGGGAGUUCACUCUUCCGGCACAACAUCAAGAACGUCAUGCUGAUCCGAGCCACAUUGGACUCGGUUUCGAUCACCCAUCGAAUGAUUACAAGGUGGUUGUCUGCUAUGUGUCGGGUGAUUCUCGGUAUGGUUGUGUUUACUCGGGGAAUUCUGAUUCGUGGAGCGAUGUGUUUGUUCCUGAUAAUGUGUUUUUCAGAACUGAAAAAAAGGACUGGGAGAAGCGCGGACCCAAGACUAUUGCUAAGUACUGUCCUUAUUGGAAAUGCCGUACGUAUCUGUCUAAUGAUGUGCAUGUUCGAUCUUUGGCUGUCAUGAAGUUCGAUGUGGGGAGUAAUGAAUUCAAGUUGUUGCCUGAAUUUGAGUUUGGUGCAAGUGAACAGAAUUGGGACCAUGGCAAGCGCUAUGCACUAGUCACUCUGAAUGAUUGUCUUACUUUGAUGACGUAUAAGCCGUCUAAAGAUAGUGUUGUGAAUGUUUAUUCAUUGGACGAGGAAGGUUUGUGUGUUUGGAGUAAAAUUUAUAGUGUUGGACCUCUUGAUCUUGAUACCCAUCAUUUGGACUUGUCACAGGGUUUUAGGUAUGGGGGAGAGUUUGUAUGUCAUUUUUGCGGAAAUUUUGUCUGCUAUGAUCCCCAAACAAAUACAGUCAACCGACUUGCUGGUAGUACUUCUCAUUUGAAUCUGAUAAGCUGCUUUCCGUAUGUGCCUAGUUUGGUUUACCUUCAAGGAAUGAAGACUGUUCAUAUGCAAACCCAAGCUCGUAUAUCUGGUAACACUUUCAGAACUCCUCGACGAUUGAUUAAUUCACUAAGGGGAUGAUAUGUUGCUCAAGGUCGACCAGCAGUUUAGACUAUUUUAAUGUCUGACUAAAUGUUUAGUUAGACAAUUAAUCAUUCAGUAAACAGACAGAUCUUUUGUUUGACCUCAACUAGCCGUUUAGACUAUUUUAGUGUUCCAUGAUCAGUUAAACCACUUCAAAUUUAGAGUCCCGAUUUGGUAACUAUGUGCCUUUUGGACUUCUUGUUUUCCUUAGAUCCUUAGGUUCUGUUUGUAGUCAUAGUAUGGAAUUGGGAACAUAUUACUACUAGUUUCGUGGUUUCUUCUAUAUUAAUGUCGCCCUCACUUUCUUUCCUAGCUA